ACGUACGUCUUUACAUAGACGACGCACUUAAAUCAACCAAUCGUAUCGCUCGGUUCAAGGAGAGUCACGGAGUCUGCGCGGUGCUGCUGCCUGAGCCUGCUGUCCAAAACAGUUGUAAAGCCACCUGGUUUCCGCUUCUCCGCCGCCUGAGGACGUUUCACCGGAGAUGAACAGCGUCGGGGAGGCCUGCACCGACCUGAAGCGGGAGUACGACCAGUGCUUCAACCGCUGGUUCGCCGAGAAGUUUCUGAAAGGCGACCGGAACGGCGACCCGUGCACCGAGACCUUCCGGAAGUACCAGCGGUGCGUGCAGAAGGCCAUCAAGGACAAGGACAUCCCCAUCGACGGAGUGGAGUUCAUGGGCCCGAACAAGGACAAGCCCGAGAGCUGAUGUGAGCACCGAGCCGAAGCCCGGAGCUCCGAACGGAGACGGACACCGAGAACUGACCAUGACCGGGUCCACCUGGCCACUGAGCAUGCGCAGAAGCACAGGCGACGGAGCCGUCAGCCAGACGCGGAGUGAAGAUGCGUGUGUUUACCUCCAACAGAGGAAGAUCUGACUGCUUUAAAACACACCGGACGCAUCCUCAAACAGCAGUUUGAUUUGCUUGUAUUUACUUCAUCUUUAAAAUGUAAUAAAUGUUUUUUUUAAGUGGA